AUGAGCACCACGACCACAAGCCUAGAGGCCAACGGGCAUGCGUCUGUGUGGACUCCCGAUUCCUGGAGAUCGAAGCCCAUCAAGCAGUGUCCCGAGUACCCAAACAAAGAGGGUCUCGCGAAGUCCGUGUCCGAGCUCAAGCGCCUGCCCCCCAUUGUCCAUCCCCGCGAGAUCGUGAGGCUGAAGCAGCACCUUCGUGAUGUCGCUCAAGGCAAGGCCUUUUUGCUCCAGGGCGGCGACUGUGCCGAGCUGUUCGACUACUGCGAGCCGAGGGCGAUCGAGUCCAAGAUCAAGCUGCUGCUCCAGAUGAGUCUGGUGCUCAUCUGGGGCGCCGACAAGCGUGUGGUGCGUAUCGGUCGCAUGGCUGGCCAGUAUGCCAAGCCGCGGUCUAGUCCCACGGAGGUCAUCAACGGCCGCGAGGUGCCCUCUUUCCGAGGUGAUAUUCUAAAUGGUUUCCAUCCUGACGAGCGGGAGUUGGACCCUAGCAGGCUGGUCAAGGCCUAUCACUACUCGGCCGCCACGCUGAACUACAUCCGCGCGGCCAUCUCAUCCGGUAUUGCGGACUUGAGUCGGCCGCUGGACUGGAGCUUAGGCCACGUGCGCGACCCCAAGCUAAAAGCCAAGUACCAAGAAGCGGUCGACUUUCUCAAGGAAAUGCUCGCCUUCAUGAACACGAUCGGCGCCGAAAGCGACAAGCUGCACACCGUGGACCUCUACACCAGCCACGAAGGCUUGCUCCUUGAGUACGAAGAAGCGCUGACUCGCCUCCUGGAAGACCCAACCUCCCCUCCCUCCGAAAACAGAAAAGCCUACUACGACACCUCAGCCCACUUCCUCUGGAUCGGCGACCGCACCCGCCAGCUGGACCACGCCCACGUCGAAUUCUUCCGCGGCAUCGAGAACCCCAUCGGCGUGAAAGUCGGCCCGACGACUCCCGCCGAGGACUUGCUCGCCCUCUUGCGCACCCUAAACCCCAAGCGCGAACCGGGCAAAAUCACGCUCAUCACCCGCUACGGCGCAAGCAAAGUCGCUUCACUGCUACCAGCGCACAUCCGCGCCGUCGAAGACAGCGAGUACCGCGGCACGGUAGUGUGGCAGUGCGAUCCGAUGCAUGGCAACACCCAAUCGGUCGGGAACAUCAAGACGCGGCGGUUUAGCGACAUCUUCAGUGAGCUGCAGCAGACGCUGCGGAUUCACAAGGAGCAGGGGAGUUAUUUGGGCGGAGUGCACCUGGAGCUGACGGGGGACGCGGUGACAGAAUGUUUAGGCGGGAGCGAGGGGCUGGUGGAGGACGAUCUGUCGACGAAUUACACCACCUUCUGCGAUCCUCGCCUCAAUGAGAAGCAGGCGCUGGAGUUGGCGUUUUUGAUUGCUGAUCAUUAUCGUAGUGAGAGGAGGAAGGCUGCUUCUGACUAA